CUUCCUGAAGAAGUGGUAGGUGAAAUUGAAAUGAGCUCCGUUCAGGCCAUUCGAUCAUACACGUGGAUUGUUUUAUUCCAAUUAUGCGUUUUGUUUCGGAGGUGCGAAGGUGCGCCAGAGCAUCCAGAUGAGGCACUGCAGCCACUCAGGGAGCUGAAUGUGACCCAAGCGAAUCUCAUUGCGUCCAACUCCACUGUGAAGUGCCAACUCAUCCCGAAUCUUUGUGACUGGCAACUGCACCUCUACGAGGGCCACGCAUUCAGUGUGCCACUUGUACAGACAGUGGAAAGUACCACCAUUCGACCACCAGCUCCUCCAAUGGCUGGUCUGAAAAUCUUUGAAUUAAACCACAACGUUAGUGGACCACAGCUUUUUAUUCUGGCCGAGAUUGAGCCCAAGUCGAGACGGGGAUUAAGAAGAAAAAGAAAACUUUUGCGUCGAGCCACUUUUAAUCACUCGAGUAAACAGAAAUUUAUCUUGCUGGCCGUUCAAUAAAUAUCCGCAAUGAAUAAA